AUGGCCCUCAGUAUCCGGCAGAAGAGGGUGCGAAGAAUCUCCGGAGACCCAGUCGAUGGGGUUGUGGUGCAAGGCCCUGUGGAUGGUCUGGCUACUGGCACCCCACUCUAUAGUGUGGCGGUGCAAGGCACUAUAGAUGGAAGGACUACUUGUAGACCAAGGGGUUGGAGGUUUGGUACCUGGAAUGUAGGCACGUUGACAGGAAGAAGUUUGGAAGUGGUGGAGGAGCUGCAGAGGAGAAUGGUUGACGUGGCUGCAUUACAGGAGGUCAGAUGGAAGGGUGAGGGUACAAGGUUUGUGGGGGCUAAAGGUGGAAGAUAUAAGUUGUGGUGGAAGGGGGAUGAUGGUACGGGAGGAGUUGGUGUGAUGGUAAGAGAAGAGUUGUUGGAGCAGCAAUUCAGAGGUGUGCUUACAUUUGAAUUCCCAUCUGAAGUGAUAGCUACAAUGAAAACCACAAAAUAA